UUCCCGAAGGAAAAAAAAACAAGUGUCACAGUGCUUUUGGCAAAUCGAACGGGCUAGGUAAUACGAUAGGUAGUAACGUCUAGCAGCGACACAUUUGCGAUUGAAAAGCAAUAAGCCAACCUGGUUUAAACGGUAGCAGGUGAAGGUGAGUGGAAAACUCCACCAAAAACACACAAUCAAGCGCAAAAGAACCGGCAUUAGGAGUCGUAACGUAACGUAACGGAGCAUCGUUACCCACCAAGCACAAAAUAAGGAUGAAAUCUUUCACGAAUUGGAGGGAGGAAUUUUUCAUUUUUCCCGUCACACAUGUCGCCCGUUGGAUGCCGUUCUGGCUGGCAGUGUUGCUGGUUGCCGUCGCUACACCGCUGGCAGUACCCGUCGGUGCCGCACCGUUCGAUUUUGGAUUCGGCCCGAACCUCUCUUCAGACUCAAUGUCUGGGUUUAGCUCGCGGCAGGAUGAUUUACUACCAUUUUUGACAGCGGACCAGGAUGAUCUGUUAGCUAAUCGAGUCGGUACCGUUCUUGGUGCGUUUGGAAACACGCUCUCGCAGCUACUGUUUGGCACGAAUGACGUCAGUACGGAUGUAACGUUUUGGUGUGCAACGACCAAUCAGCCCGAUUACGUGCAGGCGUACGUGGACGAUCCGCGCAUCACGCAGAAGCUGGAUCCAUCGAAACCGAUCGUCUUUCUGACGCACGGCUGGACGGACAAUGUGAACCGCACCUGGGUGAAGCAAACCGUUGCCGACUACAUCCGGCUGAUCGGUGGCAACAUCUGUGCGGUCGACUGGAGCCCGCUAGCGCUGGUCGAGUACAAUUUAGCCGCCCGUAACACACCGAAGGUGGGCCGCUACUUGGGCAAGUUCGUUCAGUUUCUGCUGACGAAGGGCAUCACCAUCAACCAGGUAACGCUGGUGGGGCAUAGUAUGGGUGCCCACAUUUCCGGCAUUGCGGGUGCGUAUCUCGGUGGGCAGGUACCGAACAUUAUUGGGCUCGAUCCGGCCGGCCCAGGGUUCACGAAACCGAUCCCGGUGUCGACGGAUCGGCGGUUGGAUCGUACCGAUGGCCGGUUCGUGCAAGCCAUUCACACGGACAAAAACAUUAUCGGCACAACGAUGAAUCUGGGCCACGAAGAUUACUACGCGAACAGUGGGGCAAGUCCGCAGCCGGGAUGUGAGUUUCCACUGGUGAACAACGAUACGACGAAAUCGUACCUACAAUUUAUCUGCAGCCACUUUAAAGCAGUCGAAUAUUUCCGCGCCUCACUGGAUCGGCAGAACAUUUUCGAGGGUACGGCUUGCUCCUCUUACUACAACUACAAGCGGAACGACUGUUCCGCCGGUACCAAAGAUGACUUCGGUCUUUUCAACAACAAAACGGCGGCCGGUUCCUUAUUUAUUGCAAUCGACAAAACUGUCUAUCCGUACGCGAGAACAGUAGCAAGGAAUGUAUGAAAAUAAAGCAUCUAUUUAUUAAAUAUGUAGUUUGAAGUUUGUUUACAAAAAAAAAGGAUAUAUCACAAUGGCUGUAUUACUUGUUUUUCAUAGAGAGCCUAAAAGUAUGCAAUGCGUAAUGCAAAUGUUUCCUGAUGUUGUUGAUAACAGAAAAAUAAUAGU